AUGAUGCCUUUGUCGCAGCGAUUGGGCGAAAAGAAGAGGUAUCAUUAUAGUGGCAACUCACGACACCAGUCGUACACGCGAGGCGGCGCGCAAGGCCAUGGGACAGGGCUCUAUCACCACGGAGUAGCUGUGACAGGGCCAGGGGCGCCGCCACUGCCGAGCGCGGACGCGCGAUCGUCGCGGUACGAGCCGAACGUGCCGAUGAACAAGAAUUUUCCCACGAGGAGCGGGAGCAGGUAUAAUCCAGAACAGCCUGCCGCGGCGCCGAUGCCGUGGAGUGGAGUGGAGGCGACUUCAAGGUACUCCGGGGCAUCCCAGAGCGGCCACAGCCGAUACAAUCCGCAGCCGGGUGUUCCUCCUCAGACUGCUCCCAGUGCGACUGGGAGCUCGUACCACGGCGUUGGGCUUCAUGGAAACCACCACGGGAGCUUAGCGAGGCAUAAGCAACGCACAGGGGGCUCGGAUGAGAUUUACGACAGCAGCACGGUUUCCGCUGCCUAUGGACCGCGUGUAGCCAAGUGGAGAGACUCUAGCUCGAUACCUUCCUCCUCAUCUUUUUCGAAUGUUGGCAGCCAGGCCCAACUUGACUAUGAUGGCAGUAACUUCGCCGUGCCGCAGUCCUCAUCCAAGCCAUAUUGGAGGUCUAGCAGUGCCGGUAGUUCUGGUACGAAGCAUUAUCGCAACUCUUAUUAUAAUACAAAGUAUGGCUACCAGGUGAAGUAUGGUUCGAACGAAGGGAUAGAUGAUAGAUACGAAAUGCCCAUGGCUAAGAAGAACUUUGAUAAGCAGCAUUCCUUGGGCUCUAGCUUGAUAAACUCCGUGCCAAUGACGACAAAGAAGGUUGAAAAAAGAGUCGCGUAUGAUCACAAACGGAUAGAUCUCAAGUUCGAAGAUGAGUCCAUUCUGUACGAAAGUGAAAACGAAUCUGCAAGGUCAGUAGAGCCACAGAAUCCUCCGCAGAAUGACUUUAAAUCCUCCACGAAGUCAUCGGACUAUGAUGCGGCCCACCGCAUGAGCACAGAUAUGUCUUCAACUGAUACCUCUGGCCUUGCUGUGUCACCCUCCUUUCCAUACUCGACUAAGGAUGGUGAUAGCGAUAAUGAGGUUGAUGAUGCAAAUGAUAUGGAGUUGUGCAGACAAGCUGGAAAUGGCUCGCCUCUCAGCGCAAACAUAACUACUGAUGCGCAUGAAGGCACAUGUUUUGAUGCAUAUGUAGAUCCCCUAUCACAAUACCCACAUAUCCCUAGAUCUUUGCCAGAGCCGACCCCAUAUCCUGAACCUAGGAUACCAGUGGAAGGGUGUAUUUUCCCCAUGCAAGAGCCAAAUAUGAAAUUAUGGAUUUUGAAAAAUCUUACUCGGGAAGAAAGAAUAGCCAAACAGAAGUAUUUAUUACAAACUCCCAUUCGAACUUUAUCCGAGUAUCCAUUCAUGUCGCAGAAUAUUUUGGUUCAUGAACAGGCUGUUAGACCGCUGUUGGUUUCAUAUUUAUCCACUUUAAAACAUAACCGGCGUGUUAAAGAUGUUCUUUUGAAGAAACGCUUCUUGGAACUGCAGCGCGAUUGGGAAUCCAAGUGCGAGAAGAUGGACAAGAUGAGCGAGCGCGUUCGGAAUCAAGAUUAUCUGGAAAAGAGAAGGCGAGAAGAGGAAGCCCGUCAACGUGAAGAAGAACAACGUGAUCAGAAGGAUAAUCAUGGAAGUGGUUUAUCACGUCGUCGUAAUCGCGCAGAUUUCGUUGAUGAUGCAGAAAUUGAAUCUGUACUUUUGCAGAUUGAUCCUGAUUACAAACAUCAUCAAUUAGCGGCUUCCAUUCCGCCAAUGAUUUUAGAUCCGAUAGGAAGAUAUUCGCUUAAGUUUAAGGAUGUCAAUAAUUUGGUUACUGAUAAGGAUGCAUGGGCUUCGAGGGUUUUAACGGACGCUAUAGACACUUUCUCACCGACAGAACAUGAUAUGUUUGUGGACGCUUACUUAUCAUACCCCAAACGAUUUGGUAAGAUUUGUGCGUAUAUGGGUGGUUUCAGAUCUCCGCAAGAAUGUGUUCUACACUACUACAGGACAAAGAAAGCUGUGAACUAUAAAAAGCUAAUUGUGGAAAAAAAUAAGAAACGUAAAGUUUCCAACGUUAAACGUCGGAAGGAAAAGGAAAAGGAGAGAUCAAAGCAAAAGAAUGACACUCCUGAGGCAGAGGAACUUACCUCGCUCAAUAAUGGAAUUGAGGAGGCGUAUCAUGAUAAAGGAAAGCCGAAGGUUAUAAUGGAGCAAGUGGAGAUUAAAGUUGACAACAAUAAUAUUGAUAAUGAUGAUAAUAAUACUAAUGACACUACUAAUAAUGAUUAUGAUUAUGACCUUGCUGCCAGAAGCAGAAGUUCUGUAAAUGAUUUUGGAGGCAAAGUUGAAACACAAAAUCAUGACCACUUCCCCAAUGAGAAUGAAAAUAUAAUUACGGAUACAGCUUCUACUAAUAUGGAGCCGACGCCGAAUGACGUCGCCGUGAAUGAAAAUACUACGGAAGAUGAGGAAGAUUAUCCGCGUAAUUUGGAAGCAGCGCCUCACGAUGUAGUCGCUUCGGUCCAACCAACAGAAAACAAGGAGGAAACGAACAAGAAGCGUCCACUAGACGAGUGCAAAUCUGAAGGUGCCGACACAUCUUUGCUAGAAAGACAGUUGUCUUUUACCGGGUCAGAUUUGGCGAGGGAUCAUGUUCAAAUGGUCAAGUCAGAUAGCAAGGAGGCAGUAACAGAUGAUAGCGAUACAUCGAGUAAGGUUAUCAAGAAAAAAACGAAGCAUGGCGAAUCAAACCAUAGAUCCAGCUAUUGGAGCGUGAGAGAGAGUGACCUAUUUCCCAGCUUGUUGAAGCAGUAUGGUUCUCAAUGGCACUUGAUUUCCGAGAAACUUGGCACUAAGUCCACCACAAUGGUCCGGAAUUAUUACCAACGAAAAGCUGCUGCCAAAGGAUGGCAGCCACUUCUGGAGCAGGGAAAUGCUGUAUUUGCUCGUAUGCAAGAAGGCCAAAGCCCAACAGGUACCAGUGUAAACGUUGAAAACGAUAGCCCGGCGGGUGAUGGAAUGUCUCUUCCACAGGCACCAGCUCUUGGUUAUUUCAACAUUAGUAAGGCGGCGGCCUCUGCUGGAACAUUUUCUAACAUUCGCGCUGCCUCUCAUGACCUCUCUUCGGGCUAUGAGCCACCUGUUCCCGCUGCUACGUCUAACCAUCCAGGCAUAUCCAGCCACCAGAACUCUGUCCCAGAACGCAAAAGCCCAUCGAACUCUCUGAGCACAUCUACCCCUCCAACACUAAAGCUGACUAGCGCUGCACCCAUAUCUUCAGUGCAACAUUCUGUUCAUUUCAACCCAGAAACCCAGAAGUUGGAACCCCAUGCAUUUGACGUCAGCCGUCGCUCAUCGAUCCGCAGCAUCCUCAACGAUAAUUGUGCUACUGUCUCUCAAAAGGCAGCUUCGCCUGGGCCAAGGAAGAUCGAUACCGCAAAUGCCAACGUUAUAAUCCAGGAACUACGCACCUCCGCCUUCGGCACCACAGCGCCGCAAACGAAUCCGCAUUUCCCCCUGCCACCUCAUAUGCAGAAGCAGACAUCAUGGGGAUCCAUUAGUUCCAUCCUGAAUAACGCGCAGCCGAUUUCGCCUGCCGCUCCCAAGCUGCCAGUUCCACAUCAGGGUAAACCCCCAGCGUUGAAUCUGAUGGCUCACAAAGUGUCGGACCGUGGCCCUUUGGCACAUACACUGCCCCCUGUGCUUCCUUCGGUUGCACACUCAGUUGCACACUCGGUUAGUCUGCCAUCUCAUACAUCAGCCUUUAAUUUUGCAAGCGAUCCGCUUGCUGCGUUGGCUGCUGUAGCUUCGGCUCCGGAGGCAUUAGGCUUACUUUCUACUGAUUCGGCACCCGAUGUAAAAAACAACGCUGAUCCUCGCUCCGCUUCUUCACAUAAAUGA